GGCAACGAAGCGAUGACAUAAAGGGAGGAGGCAAACCUUAACGAUGUAACUGCAAGUGGGUUGAUGUCUUGUCAUUCGCCCUAAACCUAACUCCUUACACCUUAAUGUUCUAUUUAAGUACAUACUGUUGCUAUACCUCAUAGUUUACAAAAUACUAAACCUUUCAUCCAACGCAUCUUCAAUCUAUCAACCGUGAUUCGAGUGGAUUCAUCACCACCAUGUCGACUAAUCCCUUAAGUUCGUCGGCCAUCCUCCAGCAGAUGGCCGACGCCUUACCUACCCACCCUCAAGGCGAUACUACUUCCGAUUUGAGCAGUUCCCACGAAGCUUUGGCCUUGUUUGCUCAUGCUUGUAUGGCCUCACUUGGAUUUCGUCUUCUCGGCUUUGAUGAAGACAAGCUCGAAGAGGCGAAAUGCCACGAGCUAGCCCCGCGACUCCCACCUAACUGGAAUGCAUCCUUCAACACAUACGCAUUUGUCUAUGCGCAUCAACAAUCAGCACUUCGUUUCGUUAUUAGGACAGAUCGCAUGGGAGGCAAAGCCGAAAUCCGGGGUCUCGGCAUCAACGACGAACGUAUCACGCGUGUCGAAGUAACCAUCAAAGACUUUAUCUCAAACGCGGCUCUCCCUAUCAGAAUCACUAUCAAUGAUGAUGGCGAAGAUCGCUCCGCUCUACCGCAGACAUUACAGAACGUCUUCAUCUCCGGAAACCGCAUCGAGGAUCUAGCCAGCCUCAUCAAAAUAAACAUUGUCCAAAAACUCCUACCUGCGUUACAAAAGGAGGGCUACGAGGAAUCUCCCGAUGACAGAGCUGCACACGACGAUGCCGGUGAAGCGGGUCGAAGGCCUCCGAGACAGCCCGUGCUUCCAGAUCCACUGCCCCAGCCGGCUCAACCGUACCCAUUUAACGAUCCACUUAACCCGCCUCCUCGCAACCCCGUUCCGGCCGGCGAUUUCCCACCUCCAGGAUUCGAAGAUCCUUAUGAUAUCAAUCGCCCAGCACGAAGCCCCCUACAGCCUGGUCGUAGUCCAUUUGGAAAUAUUGGGGCGGAUGAUUUGAACCCACCUGGGCUAGGACCACAUGAUCCGCUACGUCCGGGAAUGGGUAUUGGAGGGGGGUUACCGAGACCUGGUGGAGGCCGAGGCAUGCAUCCAACCUUUGAUGACCCGCUUUUUGGAGGUCUAGGCGGUGGUAAUGAGGAGUUCGACCCUCAGGCACCGCCAGGAGCUAGGUAUGAUCCCCUAGGUCCAGGGGGUCUCCCAAGACUGGGAGGUCGCAGGCCCGGCGGCGGUGGCGGCGGACCUUUUGGUGGUGGAUUUGGUGGCUUUGGUGGGGGCGAUAUCAUUUAAUUUAGUGACCUGAGCUGGCGUUAGGGGCAGGUUGGGCGAAGACGGGAGGUUUUACGGAAAGAAAAAUGUAUUGAUUGUAUAACCAUUACACUUUCAUUAAGAGCGCGCGUCUAAUAAAGGCGUUAUUAAAGCGAUGAAAAUCGAACUUACUAGAUACACUAUUGAUAGUGCAAUAAACU